UUUGGAGACAGGAUGUCGUGAGUAAUUUCAGUCUGAGCGCAUCUCAGAGGGAGCUGAUGAAGAGGAGGAGGAGCGGCUGCGGGGCGCAGGGCGGGGCGUCGGCGCGCAGCAGCAGCAGCAGCUCCAUCACCGACACCGUCACCGACCUGCUGGCGUCUGCGGGCUGCGGCAUGGACCCCGCUGCCCGGCCUGUCUGUGAGUGUGGGCCGGUCCGGUGCUGCUUCCCGCGGUUCUGAUGGUGAAGGCGGUGCGCGCUCAGAGAAGCGGAGCGGACACAGACCUGUGCGCGUGGCGCGGCUCGCGCUCCGAUGCAGCAGCGGGAGGAGGAGGAGGCGCCAUUGUUUGGAUGCGCAGCAGAUUGAGAGGAAGAAGGCCAGGGAUCGCGCGCGCUGACCGGGACACGCGCACCAUGCUGCACCCGUUGUUCCUCGCGCUCCACCUGCUCUGCUUCACCCAGAGCAUGACGGCGUUCCAGGCGACCGUAAACGACGAAGGUUUGAUUGUGGCGACUUUGGAUAGCUCAGACCUGCAGGAGAACGUCACGGCGUAUGCGGUGCAGAUCUCUGGAGAACCUCGAACCAUCCUGAUCCAGUUCGUAAACACCAGCGAGCCUCUGCUGUACAACGCCUCCUUCCACGGCCUCUGCUACACGGUGGGGCUGCUGCUCAGACGGGGACAGGCUUGGUCCCGCCCCAUGAAGACAGUUGCCGUGCUCACGAAGCCGCUUCCUGUCCGCAGCGCUCAGAUAUUGGACUAUAAGGAGGCUCCAGAGACUGGCGUGGUGUUUGAAAUCGAUCCUCCGACCAGAAACGUCUUCAGCAGAGUCAACAUCAGCUACGCUGAAGGACAGGAGCGCCGAUCGAUGCUCUAUAAAGAUUUCUACAGGGGGAAGACAGUGUUUAAGCACUGGUUACCGGGGAUGUGUUACCGAAACAUCACCUUCCAGCUGAUCUCAGAGGCCACCGUGUACCAAACUGCACUGGUGACCCACAGUGACAUCACUCACACACCGCUGCAUCAUCGGACAGUGCCCCACCCUCCCCUCAACAUCUCCUAUAAGAUCAUCCAUUUGAGCCAGAGGGCAGCUCCAGGUCAGCUCCCCGACAUGCUCCCACAUGAUAGUGGGCAGCGAUCCCCCCGCCAGGCCCGGGACGUCCCACUGAUGGAGGAGCGGGAGGAGGAGGAGACCCAGGCUGAGGAGAAUACCUCAGAUGAGGUAAUAGGAGUCACUUACGCCCCCUUCAACUCCACAAAAGUGUUGACGGUGAGCGCCCCCAUUGAUGUGAACAACAGCCGCACGGAGGAGGCAGAGCCUUCGAGCUACUGGCUGGAUCCGACGGAGCCAUCUCCUGCCGACAAAGAUGAGGAGUUCGUUAAUGGCGUGCUGCCCGAGUACGAAGACUCCAACGAGCCGGGCUCGGCCAUGGCACUCCCUGCCGAGCCUUCUGUCCUGCCCACCAGACUUCCGCCAAUCCUUUUGGAACUGCGCUGGCUGCCACCGCGCCCACCCACCAGCUACGACAGUUUCAACGUCUACAUCUACAGAGAUGGUAACUCGACAGAAACAGCGACGGUGGAUGAAAGCACUCACGAGUUCUUUACAGAGUUAACGGAGCCGGGAAUAUACCAUGUGCAAGUGACCACACUGAGCUCGUCUGGAGACUGCGAGUCCCGAGAGAGCAGUGGCGACACUGCCUUCACCUUCUACCUCAGUCCCAGCGGCGAGCUGCUGGAGGACCUGCGAGAGCGUCCUCAAGCCGUCAGCGUCAGGCUGCUGGACUCGAGCACCGCUGCCAUCUCCUGGGCGCCAUCGUCGCAGAACCACAAUGGGAGCCUGGUGUCAGUGGUUUCCACCACCUGCCUGAAGCCCAGCCUGAGCCAGAGGAUGGAGAACACCUACUGCAGCGAGGAAAACUCGACGAGUGACAUCAUCACCAACCUGACGCCGGGUGCUCAAUACCGGGUGGUCGUCUAUCACACCAAUGGACCCCUGAUCAGCCCGCCGUCGGAGCCCGUCAUCAUUGAUAUCGAGCCCACCGGCGUGCGCGAGCUCACCGUUUACCCCCUGAGUCCAACGGCGGUGAUCCUCAGCUGGCAGCGUCCAUACCACGUUGCCUUCAGGAAAUAUGUGUUGCAGACCUUCUUCUUCAACCCCGUCACGCUUGCCUCUGAGUGGACCACCUACUACGAGAUCGCCGCCACCGCCUCCGUCAUCGCCUCAGUGAGGGUGACUGACUUGCUGCCUGCCUGGUAUUAUAAUUUCCGUGUUUCCAUGGUGACGUGGGGUGACCCACCGCUCAGCUGCUGCGACAGCUCCACCGUGAGCUUCGUCACAGCUCCCGAGGCGCCUCACAUCUCCUCUGUGGAUUACUCUCAUGGCGUUCUGUACGUCCGCUGGACAUACGGCGAGCUCUUCAUUGACCUGUCGCACUCAAGGAUGCUGCACUGGCAAGUGGUCGCUGUCGGGAAGAAGGGACCGGAGAAGACGUACUCCGUUGACGUGACUCGGAAUGUGAUGCGGGCAAGCCUCCCUCUGCCUCCCGGAGACAUCUACAACCUGACGGUGACGGCAUGCACAGAGCGCAGCAGGAACACGUCCACGCCAAACAUCAUCAAACUGGAGCCGGCUCCUCCCAGAUCGCUGUAUGCCGUCAACGCCACUCACUCGUCCGUGACUCUGCUGUGGACCGAGGAGGGAGUGGUCGACUAUUACCAGGUCCUCUGCAGACCCAGCAAAGCCAGCAAGGAGCAGCUCAAGGCCCUUGAGCCGCAGACCUCCACCUCCCACGUGGUCACCAUUUCUGGUUUGAUACCAUCGUCCAGCUACAACUGCACCGUCACCAGCUUCAGCUACAGCACGCCCAGCAAACCCACACACAUCAGCGUCAGCACCGUUGCCAAAGAGAUGAAUCCAAGCGUUGCUGCCAUCUCGGCUCUGGCUGUCCUCAGCAUCCUGCUCAUCAGCCUGCUCGUUCUGUUCCUGCUUGUGCUGCGCAAGAAACACCUGCAGAUGACCAGAGAGUGUGGCGCGGAGACCUUUGUCAACUUCGCCUCGUUUGAGAGAGAUGGAAAGCUUCCAUAUAACUGGCGAAGAAGUCUCUUUGCCUUCCUUACCCUACUGCCAUCCUGCCUUUGGACUGACUAUCUUUUGGCUUUUUAUAUUAAUCCUUGGAGCAAGACUGCUUUAAAGAAACGGAAGCUAACAAGCCCUGUGCAGCUGGAUGACUUUGAGGCCUUCUUCAAAGACAUGAGCAAGGACUCUGCCUACAAGUUCUCCUUGCAGUUCGAGGAUCUAAAGAGCAUCGGUUUGGAUCUUUCCCAUGAUGCUGCUGACCUUCCCAUCAACAGGCCCAAGAACAGAUACACCAACAUCCUCCCCUAUGACUUCAGUCGGGUGAAGCUGAUCUCGAUGCACAAUGACGAAGGUUCAGACUACAUCAACGCCAAUUACAUACCCGGCUACAGACACAAUAAAGAGUACAUCGCCACGCAGGGUCCGCUGCCUGAGACCCGCAAUGACUUCUGGAAGAUGGUUUUGCAGCAAAAAUCCCCGAUCAUCGUCAUGCUCACACAGUGCAGUGAACGGCGCCGGGUGAAGUGUGAUCAUUACUGGCCCUUCAAUGAGGACCCUGUGAUGUACGGUGAGGUCAGUGUAGAGUUGCUAUCUGAAAGCGAGUCUCCAGAGUGGAUCAUCAGGAAGUUCAGACUUGGAUAUGCUGAUGAGAGUCAGGACGUCCUCCACCUGAACUACACCUCGUGGCCGGAUCACGGCGUCCCCACGGUAAAUGCCAUCGAGAGCAUCCUGCAGUUCGUCCAUAUCGUCCGCCAGCAGGCCAACAGGACCAAAGACCCCAUCAUCGUCCACUGCAGUGCUGGAGUCGGCAGGACUGGGACCUUCAUCGCUCUGGAUCGCCUGAUGCAGCACAUCAGAGAGCAUGAGUACGUGGACAUCCUGGGCAUGGUGUCGGAAAUGCGAUCGCAUCGCCUGUCGAUGGUUCAGACUGAGGAGCAGUACGUGUUCAUCCAUCAGUGCGUCAUGCUAAUGUGGCAGAAGAAAAAGCAGCAGUCCAUCACCUCGGACGUCAUCUACGAGAAUGCCAGCAAGACAUAAUGAGGACACCUCCAGACGCUGUGAACACACCCCAACCUCCUGUGCUUCAGGCAUCCAUUCUCUGCAGAAGAAGACUCGCUUCAUCAUCAGUAUCAAAAACAAAAAAAAAACACAACAUAGAACAUCUGGGCGAGAGAAAACUAUUAUCAGUCUCUUUCUUUGAAUUGGUGUUAAAGCAUGGGAUGGAGUUUUGCCUUAAGGAGCCUUCACUGACUGACCAACAUGUUCAACCACAGCCCUGCCCUCUGAACUGGACUGACUCACACCAACGUGGGCUCGGAGGAGCGUUGACAAGCUGCGUCUGUUGAGGCAACGAGUCGGUGGAACGGAGUCAGUGGUUUUUCAUUUUUAUUUAUGUUUUUAAUCUCAGGAGUCGCUGUAAAACCAGCAAGCACACUGGCCUCCCCUUCAAACCUUUGUUUUAGGUUCAGGUUUUGCUUUGCCCGUCGUCUUGCACGGUGCAGCUUUCCUGGCUUUUUGGGGCGUAGGAGUCGGCGGCGGUAGAUUUCAUCGUUACGCACUGCCACACCUACCGCACACGUCGAUAAUUAAAAACCCCAAUGGCUCGAGCUCGCUGAUUAACUGCCAGGACUGCUGCACAGGAAGAACCCAGCAAACAUUCACUAAAGAGCGAACCCAAGAUGAGCACAAAUCGGAUGUUUGGAGACACUUACGUCAUCUUUCCAUCAUGGCUGCAUAUGCCAAACUUCAGAAGUGAAAAAUGAGGAACUUUUCAGAUUUCUGCUCCAAAUUACGGCAGAAAAAUAUCAUCAUCAUAACACUAUCCGAACUUUAUCAUGAUCAACCCUAGCGGUGUGAAUGUUUGCUAGGUCUGUACAACAAGAGGGCACAAACGAGUCGAGGGGAACGCCGUACCCACGCUGCCAUCCGUCGCCGCUCGGCGUGUUUGAGGCCAGUUUAGAAGCUAGAGACUGUGGUUGUAGAGCUGUAGUUUGUAUUUGCACUGAGGCCUCUGAGCUGCUGAACAAGAAGGGAAGCAUUUUGCUGCUGCUUCCCACCGUGGGCGAUCAGCACGCAGUCACCAUGCUUGGAGCUGUAGAUUAACGUUAGGACUACUGUAGAGCUUUGGACUGUCCGAUCGGGCUGGCAGAGGAAAAGGACCGUAUCCGACAGCAUGGACAUCGGAGACAGAAUCUCUCAAGUUUCCCCGUUACUGGCCCGAAGUCACAGAAACAUAUCUGCUCAGCAUAUCAGCAGAGCUCAUCUGGGUCCCACAUAAAUUGAUUUUUCACCGUCUAGAAGUGCAGUCAGUUAUUGCACAACUACAAGUUAUACCUUUGAAUCUGGACUAGAAAGUAUAAAUACAUAAGUUACAAAAAUAUCUGCAUUUCAAUGUCCCGAUGCAGUCAGUGGUUUUCUUAUACAUGCCCACGGUGACUUCCUAUAAAGAAGUACUACACCGAUAAACGUUUAGCGUACAUUUCACUGAACGUCACGUGUGAUCCAGCGUUUGUAGUGCAACAAAACAGAAUGUACGCAUCCUGUAAGUAUCUUUGACAGUUUAAAAGAAACUUCCUUCACAACGGUUUGUUUUCUCAUUCAUUUUG